AUGCGUGACCAACCCACAGUAUGGCCCGGCUCUGCUUGCAAGACUCUGGAGACUUUGAGCGUUAACAUUCCACCACUUAGUGCUGCUGACAUGGCAUUCCUCCGCAGAGUGGGUAAAGACCUAGUGGAACGCGGGAAAGCUGUGCAACCAGCUCUGCAAGUGGCUAAAGCAAGUACGAAAAUUAUCAUGCCACGAGCCGCACUCACUGCUCAAAUGCUAACUCUCGCCAAAGGAGCUGCACAAAUGCGACAUUAG